AUGAGCCUUCUUGGACUCACUUUGAAUUUUGGACCAUUUGGUUUUGUUGAUUCGUAUGAUGGAGGUUUUGUUGCGAAUUGUUCCGAUGGGGAAGGACGUUACGCUCUAGCUAAACAGCCCGAUGUCGUGGUUUGGAACAUAGGACAGCUCGCGACUGCUUUAAAACCACUGCUGACAUCUUCACAACAAGUUCACAUGUCACACAUUCUGAAAACAUUGGACACUUAUUGCAAAAACAAAAUAUUAGAAACAUUUUUAAUGAAGGUGGGUCUAAAAGAAGAGCGUUGGGGCGAUGAACAACUGAUAGAGAAACUUCUGGAUAUGAUGCAGCAAACUGGGGCUGAUUUUACAUCUACAUUUCGACAGCUUGCCGAGUUGGAGCCAAGUGAAAUGGUCAGUGAAGUAAAAUUAGCUGAGAAAUGGUCUCUCAAACGAUUGUCAUCACAUUCUUCAUGGGGCUGCUGGCUUGAUCAAUAUCGAGAGAGACUAGAUAAAGAAGCUGUGGAUGCAAAUUCUGCUGGUCUAUUUGAAGAUGAGAGACGUCGGCGCAUGCUCAGCGUCAAUCCUGUGUACAUUCCUCGAAACUGGCUUCUGCAUGAGGCCAUCAUUGAUGCCGAAAAAGAUGAUUUUAGAAAGGUAAAACUAAUAUUAUCUUAUAACGUAGUAAGCCGAAUUGAGAAAGAGCAGGAGGUGAAGGUGGAGGAUGAGGUAGUAGUUGAUUCUCUUCCACAAGCCGGUGCCCAGGAUUGUGCGGGCAACAUUAGAAGUGUAGGACGAUGA